ACGUAUUUAUUUUAGGCCCCGCCAGCGCCCGGCUCAGUCGCUCAUUCCUUCUCCGACAGUGUGCCAGUGUUUGUGAAUUUUGAACUUUACCAGCAAAAAAAUAAGACACAAUGUCCGCGUCCCCUAUUGCGAGGCAAGCGACGCACAGCCAGUCGAUCCCGACGAGGCGGGUGCUGAUCUCGGACCCGGCGCAGAUGCCUGAUGUUUAUUCCAGCACACCUGGAGGCACCAUAUAUUCCACUACCCCUGGAGGCACCAGGAUAGUCUACGAAAGGUCUUUCAUGUUGUCUCUGCGGCAGUCCCCCAUCUCUCAGACGCCGCCGAAAUGCUCGCUGCCGGCCGCCAUGUUGAAAAACCCCGGCGCUGGCAGCGUCUCAGUGUUGCCAACACAGAAAGAUACGCGCUCGAAUUCCAUCUCGUUCGACGAGUCACAGGAAACGUUUAGCAUGGAUCUCUAGAAACUUAUAUUAAGUUUCUAAACCUUUAAAAGUUAUGACUUUUAAACUCGAUGUAAUUUUAUUUGAGGCAAAGACAAAGGUUGAGAAUUUUUAGAUUUUUGACGACGUCCAAAUUCCUAUAAGAUUGUGUCGUGUGGAAGAGGCAUAAGAGACCUCAUAUUCUAAGCAAGCAAAAUCACAAUAGCUCAAUUGUCAGGUACAGUUGAGGUUAUUGUUUUCGUGCACAAAUAGAUAACCCGAACAUGUAAUUUCAAUUACAUAUUCAAGCAGGCUCCUGUUUUGCUAAGAAUAUGGAGUCAUAGAUAAGUAAUUAUGUGCAGUUUAUGCCUUUGCAGCAGGCUUUCAUUAUUGUCUUUAGCGAUUGCAGAGGUUGUACAAAGCAUUUGUGAUUUCUGCAAAUAAGUAUUGCUUGCUGACAAAUUUUAAAGGUUUCAAUAUUACAUAGUUUUAAGACUUCAAACAUAGUUUUUUAAGCGUGACUGAACCGUUGGUAGUGCGUUCAAAACGCAACCCAUUGCCAUUUUCAUUACAUUUUUGUAAAUGGCAAAGGAGUUUUGUAAAUAGUAUCAGAUGGCGUAAGACGCAUAAAUUAGUAAUCGAUUAGUUUAUAGUAAAACAGCAAGUGCCAUUGAAUAGAAGUUAAUUAGUUUAAUAAUUUACUUCUGAAGUGGUGUUGCGAACAUUUAGACUGCGUUCUCAAUAUACUUAUAAAUGCGAUGUGUAUUUAUUAAUUUAACAAUGAUUUAUUUAAAAAUCUGUGUCUUGUGACCUUACCACUCGUAUUUUAAUAAAUUGAUAGGUAUUAUUAUGUAUCGCUGAUUUUGAUCCUUCAUCAGAGGGCAUACAGUGAAAAACGAGAAUCGAUAUUUCGUUAUCGGUCUC